AAUGGCUUGUCAUUUUACAAAACGUACCGGGACGCUUGGAUAACUGUUUCAUUACAAAAACGAGUGUGUUCUCUAUCACUGUAAAAAACAACUCCCAAAAAGGAAUAUAUAUAAAUAAAGUGAUAAAAAAGAUAGAGGAUUAUUAGAACGAGGGAAUUAAUUAAAUGGAAUAUCUGAUUUGACAAUUUAAACCAGCGUUUUGUUUACUAAAUUUAAACUACCUGAUUAAGUGUAAAAAUUGGAUAUACAAGGUUUUUGAUAAGCGCUAAUGCAAUUUACAAGGCAGGUUUAAAAUAAAAUAUACAAAUCUACCUAGCGUAAAAAACCUUUUUUUGUGUGAACACCUUACACCCGAUUUUUCUGCAAAGAUUCGAAUUGGAUUUUCCUGGUUUUCCAAGUGUAGUCUUCGAAUUUGCGGUUUUCUGUCUCGGAAACGUUAUUAUUUAAGGAAAUCGGGAAUUUAACUCAAGUAGUGUGAUGAUAUCUCGAUGGAUGCAAGAUAUGUCAAAAUUCUGCUAUAUCUUAAUAUAUCGGUAGAAUAAAAAUGAUUUUCAAAAUGUUGUCUGAUCGGAGACACUAGUUAACACGUGGUGUCUCUCUCUGAAACUUGAUAGAUUCUUUGUAAAAACAGAUAUUUAACAAAAAUUAAUAAUCAUUGUUUUAAACAUUGAAUAGUGUGACAGUUUAUCAAUAUAAUUAAAGAAUGUAUUUUUUUUUCAAUUUUGACAGAUUGACUUUUCAUAAAUAAAAAAGAAAAGCGUUUGUUCAACUUCGUUAAUGAAUUUAAUUCUUUGAAUAAAAUUAUAUAAUAUGUAAAAAAAUCUGUGAAAAUUGACUAUUAUUAGUAUUUCAUGGAUUGACGUGAAAGUAUUUUAAGUUUUUGUGUAUAAUUUAAAGGCUUUUGCAGUUUUAAGGGGAGAGGUGUAUAUUUAUUUAAGUGUGUUUGAGACAUAAGAUCGUAAAAUAGCAGACCUGACAUAUUUAGAUAAGACAUAAAAAGGAGAUCUUUAUGAAAUUAUCGUUUUAUAUUAACUGAAGUGAUUUUUAUUGGAUUUUAAGCGAAGGCUACCUCUCAAAGCUUGUCUUGUUAUAAAAAAUCAAGCGCUGAGAGAAAUCAAGUUACUUAUUCUCUCGGGCGGGAAUCACAAAGUGUGCUGUAUAUUGGACAUUUUUUAGAAUGGCCAAUAGCACACAUCUCUUGGCUCCCGAUGCAGUAUGAAGAAGAGUGAGUCUAGAAGAUCUACCAUAUGCAGGUUGUUGCCGCUGCUGUUUAUAGUGCUUGUUGGAGUGGGAAGCGCUGCUAAUCAGGUCGAUGGUGCAAGCCUUAGAAAUAAUCCUCUAAAAGACGCGAAGGUGGACUUUUUUGAACAUUUCUUUAUGAACGUUAGUGACGGCAUUGAAGAGACUGGGACGCAAAUAAGAAAACAUUUGUUAUAUAAUCUAUGUAGUGAACGAUUAGUUAAAAUAAUUCGAAAGAGUCGAAAAGGAAUUAACGCUAGAGGGAAGAGAAAAGGGAAAAAUAUGAAAUUUAGUAGACUAAUAUUUGAAUCCACUCCCAGCGGGACCAUAAAAAUAUACGGGGAACAUACAGGCCUACAUAUUUGCUUCAGUAGAAAAGGGAAAUUAAGAGCUCAGACAAAAGGCAAGUCAAAGCGGUGUCAAUUUAAAGAGGAAUAUUCGGAUGAUAAAUACACACAUUAUAAAACAGCAGACGCAACCAAAGACUGGUAUUUAGGUUUUAAGAAAAAUGGCAAACCUCUGAAGGGUACAGACAUUAACUCAUUUAAUGUAAGAAAUCAAGAUUGUUUUAAAUUUCAAAAGUUGCAUCCAACACGAACUUCUGAGGAAACAAUUUGUCCUCCUGGUAAUGGAGAUGGACCGAAGAGUGUAAAUUUCUGUGGUAACCAUAUUUUGGACUUGAUUAAACCAGAAACACAAACACCGGCUAAUAACCGAGUUCGCCAUGACAAUAAACAUCAUAAACGGCGAGGGAAAGGAUGAACAUAAUGUGAAUUAUGUAGUGGAAAUUUAAUGAAUUAUUGGUGGUAUAAGCACCGAAUGCCAAGUAUUUGUUAACGUCAUCGUUGACGUCACUAAAUGAUGUCAGCAAGCUCGACGCGAAGUGUUUAUUCGAAGUCACGUGAUCAAAUUUUAUCACCGCAGUGUUCAACAAAGACAAUACGUCAGUUCUUGGUCAGUAAUACAUAGGUAGUAAGUACUUGUACACUGAUAAACUAUGUAUGGAAUCAGGUACUCGCGAUUUACAUUCACUUACGAGAAACAGUAUUUCGUCUUAACGGAAUUCCUUUGAAACGACAGACGUCUGAUCCCAGAGAAUGGGUCAUUGUUACAAAAGAUUGUUUUGAAGUGGUGCUGAACAUUAAAUGUUAUAAAGAGCAUUUUCGAUGAGUUGUUAGUCGAUAUUAUGUGUAUUAUGUUGUGUGUAAUUUAAUAUGAAUGUAUUAUAAAGCAUCCACCAUAUAUAAAUAUAUUAUUAUAUAUUAUAAUACUUAAUUAUAUAUGUACAUUUCUACAAAUUUGAAGUUGUAAUUAGGCCAGUAGCUUUUCCACAACAGUCAUUUCUUUGUUAAGUUUCAUUAUAGAACUGAUUUUAAGGUACAGAGCAGUUCAGUUGUUUGAAUAUGAUAGCAAACAAAAAAGGAAACGUUUUGUUACUAUAUUUUAUAGGUGCCGCCAGACUUCUAAAUAGCAUAGAUUAACAACAGGUGUGAAAUAUUUAAAAACACUGUAUCAUUUAUUAAAAAGCGAUGCAUCAAUAUUUCCUGAACGGAAGAGGGAUUAGAUAAAUUCUGAAGUCAUAAUAACCGGAAAUUGAACAGGAUUUAUCAGCACAAUUUAUGUUACUUCGGUUGAUAUUUUGAUGCCAAAUUUCUUUGUUAAGAAAUACCCAAUUACAUUUCGUUCGUUAUAAUUACUUUACUUGUUUUAUUGUCUUCUAAUAGACGUUUUACAAUCUAUUUAUAUAUUCAUUUCGCAGAAUCAAAGUCAGACAGUGGUUCAGAAUUGUCUUCAAACUAAUCUUCUUGUAACUGAAUUUCAAUACAAGUAACCACUUCAAAUAAACGUUUUCCUUCUAUUGGAAUUUGACUAGAAACUUUAUUUCGGUUAUUUUUAUUUUUCAUUAAAAUGCGUAGUUGAACAAUGUUAGAUGAAAUAAAAAAACAACCAAACGAACAUAUAUAUACUUAUUCUGUGAAUUGACUGCUACCAUCGUCUCACACAAUGUUCUAUAAAUAGUAUAUCAACGAUAAGUUUUAGGAUGAUAACAACAUUGUCUUUUUAUUUUGAGUGUCCAGGCUAGAAAUAAGUACAUAUCUUCUUUUUCGCUUUGGUAAUACGUUCAUAAAGGUAAAUCUUCAUAUACAUUUUAUGUUUCAAAUAAGCGUUAACCUUGGCGAAAUAGCGUUAACCUUCGGGAAAAUGUCUGAACUGUUUUCUUGCACAAUUUCAAUAAAUCUUUAGAAAUCUCUCCAACUUCACGCCUCUGUUUCAGAUCACGUUAUGACAUUUUAUAUAAUUUCAAAAUUAGAAUAUUGUUCAUGUGUUUUUAUGUCAUAUACAGAACCUCCAUUCUCAUAAACAGACACGCUAUUGUCGUUUUUGCCACUGCUUCAUCUGAAUGUCUUUGUUUAUAGUAUAUGUUACUAAAGAAAUAGUGAAUCAAAUAUUUAUUUAUAAUUUUGUACACUCCUAACACGUUUUUAUAGUCAUGAACAGAAAGUAAAAUCAAACCAUAUCUAGACAUACCAGUGGUAAUUAUCUUUUAUUUAAAAUUAAAUUAUAGUCUGCGGCGAAAAUAAUAUAUGAACAAUUUAAGUAAUUAUACAUUCUCCAUGAUCACAUUGUCACGUGGUUAGAUACAGCGAUUUCAUUUACUUUGCUCUACGAAUUAACAAAUUCCAUAUGACUUUCAAAGUUCUGGCUAUAUUUCAAUAUUAAUUGAUGAAAUUAAAAUGUAGAGCAUAAGUGAUGAUAAGUGAAAUAUGUCUUUUUCGAAUCUCAAUUCAUAUCAUUUCAUUGCGUUCUAAUUUACUAUCAUUUAACAAUCAUAUAUUUUUUUUUUUAUAAAUUUCAUGUCAGUUUUUAGGAUACGUAAUAUAUUCUACCAUAACAGAAAAAAAUAGCCUUUUACAAACUUUUCUUUACCAAAGCCAAUAGAUGAGACAUGUCGCAGCACAGUCUACGAGAACAAACCUUUCUUGAAAGGAAGAAGACAGCCUUACAUAUAAUAAUAUGUAUAUUAAUAUGAAUGCAGCUUCAAAAACUAAAACUUGAUCUUUGACUUCUAAUACUCUAUUGCUUAUAACUAAAUUAUAAAUCAUAUAUUAAUAUAUUAUAUAAUAAUUUAUAAUUGAGUUAUAAGCAAUAGAGUAUAAGAAGUCUUUAAGUUUUGGAAGCUGCUUUCUUGGAAAAACAUUAUUUCACAAAGUUAAACAAAAUAAAAUUGUUCUUGCAUUCCUAUCAUUGCCAUUGUAUGUUUCUUUGCUUCCUGUUUAUCAAGGUCAUUUUCAUACGUUAUAUGUAUACAAUCUGUUGUUAUUCUCUGUUAGUUUUGGUGCAACAUUGUUAUUAAAUCACUCUGUCACCCAUUCAUAACAUAACAUGGUGCAUGCACAUCCUAGAUUUUAGAAAACUGUCAUUCAAACUGCAACUGUUUAGAUAUUGGAUCAUGUUUCAACUAUAUUCACUAUAAAACAUUCAACUAAAGAAUUCAAAAUUUAUAAGUUUUAUAACUUACACCGAUACACAUCUCCAUCAUAAGGUGUAACAUAAAUGUAGUCACAUCCCUCGUAAGUCUUGUAAUCAUUUGAAUAACAACCAGUAAAACUGUAACGUCAGAUAUUUGUAUUAGAUAGAUUUAUAAAGUUAUGAAAAUAUAAGUCUCUUAUUUCAUUCAUAAUGUUAGGCAACAAAUGGCUUUGAUAUUCAUAAGAAUAACCAUAGCAUACAUUUCUAUCUUUUGACUGUAUGACUUAACAUUAUUUAAUGGAAGGCUUUUAGUAUCACUAAAACUCAAGGAUAUAAUUAUGACGUAAAUUGAAAUUUUAUUUUACUUUUAAUGGCAAAGAUUAUUUCGUGAUUUUUUACAAUUUCUUUUGUAUAAAAGAUAUAUGGAUAUUUAUUUAUUCAGUUCACGGGAGAUAGAAACAGCGAUGAAAACGUUCUAUUUACCUUUUAAGUUUAAAUGAUUACAUUUACACAUUUUACAGACAUUACACUAACAUAUGCAGCUACAUAUAGUGUAAAGGGUUAUAUUUUGAUGAUGUAACAUUGUUAUUGUUGAUACGUUAUUAUUUUCGUUUAUUUGUCUUGUUUUUUUUCUGUUCAGUACAUUGCAAUAUCAUCAACUUUCCAUUCAUAUAUGUACAUAGUUCGACAUACAAUUUUUCAUCGUCUUUUGUUUAAAAGUUCGAACAAAAAUACAUUGCCUGUUUGCAUGUAUGUAAUUAGACAAUAUGUUUUUCGAUCGAACAGUUCAAAAGGUAUAUACAUAUUGUAUUGUACAUUGUCAUCUUGUAUGCCAAAGAUAAUAUUUAUUGAAUUAAGAUGUAUAUAUUAAUUGUCCCCAAAGUGUACUUAUUUAAGCACGAAAAAUGCGCUCUGGUCGCCUAAAUGAAAUAAAUUGUUACUUUAAUAUUUAUAA